AUGUCUCAAAAGCUUGGUGAUAUAUACCAAAGCGUGUACCUGAGCAUGUACCUGCCUUUGUACUACUACCGGUAUAACUACCGGUACUACCGGUACUACCGAAUAACCAAAUGCGUGCGCUCGAUGGACGUGAACCCCAGUGUCCGGUUGGCUGGGGAUGUCGCCAUAUAUCAUACUAGGUGGAGCUACCUACACUACCGGUGGCGACUCGGCGCGAGGUGCGAGAUAUACCAGGCCCUCAGAGUCCCAGACAAGGCUGCGUCGAUCCCGGCCGCUACUCUAGAUACAGUACUCUACGGUACUCUACGAGUCUGCGUAGUCCAAAAAAACAACCCUACCGGCAGAUGUAUCCGCCGCCCACAGGCUAGCAAUCUACGGAACGUCGUCGUCGUGUCGUCGAGUGCAGAAUUUAGGCUCCCCUCCAGAGUGGAGAAGUCGAGUCGGUACCUGGUAUAUGGUGGUGGUGGUGGUGGUUGCGAGAGCGUGGUCGGGCGUGUUGCUAUUGAUCCGUACCGAGGCCAGUACGACUCGGGAAAAGUCGACGGACGGGAGCACGGGAGGAGGGUACAGUACUUCGGUGGCGUGGGCGUGGGCGUCGCCGUCGCUGUCGCCGACCCGUGCGUUUUCUCAGCCACGCGAAGGUCGAAGCCGCGCUUCGAGAACCGACCGAGCGAGGAUGUGCUAUUCCGCAAAUACGAUGGUGGCCGGAGAAGGUGGGGUGGACACUGGAAAGUGCAUCGGGAUGGGAAGUGCAGGAUUCGCGAGAUUAUGCCCGUUCCGAAGGAUCCAUCCGCCGUGGCCGGCCCGGCUUCGACCGAACCGAUCGAAGACUGA